GCCAAAAACUCGGGUGAAUUGAGGCCACAAUCUCACCAAGGAGGCCUCUACUUCCCACGACAAACAAUAAUUUGCAGCAUAAAAUCGGCAUAGGCUGUGGAAUUCUUGUCCACAUCCACCAUCCAAAUACCCGUGUUCCGUAAUUCGGGUCAUCUAUCCACGAGCCUUUGCAUUUCAUUGCACAACACUGCAAGUUUCACAAUGAGCUCGCAGCCACCUUAUUACGGUCAACCCCCGCCGCCGCAAGGCUACGGUGCCCCGCCUCCGGGUGGGCCCCCCAACCCGAAUGCCGCCUAUCAACAAUACCCACCUCCCGGACCUCCGCCGCCGGGCCAAGCACCGGGCCAAGCGCCGGGCCAGCCUCCGUACCAGCAGCCGUACUAUGGCUACCAGCCUGCACCCGUAAGCCCGCAACCCGGCGGCCAGUACCAGCCUCCCCCGCCCGGCGGCCAGCCAGGCCAGUACCAAAACCAGCAGUAUCCCCCGAAUCCGCAGUACGGACAACCUCCUCCUCCUCAGGGCGCCCCGUAUGGCCAGCAGCCUCCUCAGGGUGCUCCGUAUGGCCAGCAUCCUCCUCAGGGCGCUCCGUAUGGGCAACCCCCGCCUUCAAACGCGCCAUAUGGGCAACAGCCUCCUCCCCCCGGCCAGUACGGCGCGCAGCCUCCAUACGGUCAACAGCAAACCGGCUAUGCCCCUCCACCGCCCCAGGGUUAUCCCCCGCAGGGACAACAGCAGUGGCAGCAGCCUCCCCCGGGACACCCUCCGCAUGGCACCCCCGGAUAUGGCGGGCCACCCGUUCAACCAACGCCGGCAUCCCAAGGCUACGACAUGGCACAGAAAGCCUGGGCCCAACCGGUCAACACUGCUACCGACGCCGAGGACUUGCGCCGCGCCAUGAAGGGCAUGGGCUGCGACGAGAAGGCGCUGAUCCGAGUCCUCACUAGCCCGCAGUACGCCAAUCCCUGGGCGUUGCAGCAGCUUGUGCGAGACUACAACAGCCGCUUCAUCCGUAACCUCACCGAAGACAUCACGAGCGAAACCCGCAGCGACCUCGAGACGGCGCUGCUGGCCCUCUUGCGCGGGCCCCUCGGGCACGACGUGUUCCUCCUCGACAAGGCGCUCAACCGCAUGGGCACGGACGAGGACACGCUCAUGGACGUGCUGCUGAACCGGAGCAACGCCGACAUGCGCGCCAUCGUGGCCGAGUACAAGCGCACGACGCACCGCGAGCUGCUCACGGACAUCAAGGAGGACGUGGACGACGCGCUGUUCCGGCUGUGCAGCAUGCUGUUGGCGGGGACGCGGGCCGAGGACGCGGCGCCCGUGCUGGCGCACGAGAUCGACGCCAAGGUCACGGAGCUGCAGCGCGCGACCGAGGGCAUGAUCGGGGCCAACGCCGUCUCCGUGGCCCAGAUCUUUGCGAGCAGCAACUCGGCCCAAAUCGCCGCCCUCGCCGACGCCUACAUGCGCAAGUACCACCGCCGCCUGGAGGACGUCAUCGAGAAGGAGUUCCGCGGCGACAUGGAGGACGCCCUGCUGCGCAUGCUGCUAGCCGGCCAGAACCGCGCGAUGGCCGACGCCCUGCGCCUGCGCGCGGCACUCAUGAAGAGGAAGGAUAAGUUGUUCAUUAACCGGAUGAUCAGCCUGUACUGGGACUUCCCGCGGCUGGCGGCAGCGAAGGAGGCGUAUAGGAAGAAGUACGGGUCGGCUUUGGCCAAGGAUGUUCGGGAUGUGUUCAAGGGGGAUCAUGAGGCCGUCCUACUAGCAUUGCUCCGGGAGAAAUAGUGGUCGAUGGUAAAUAGGUAGGUACCUAGCUAUUACGGUUGUCGCGUCUGGUGUUGUGGGCGUCAAGAAACUCUUCGUUCUUCAGUGCCUCGGCUCCUUUUGCGAAGUGGUGAGUUGAUU